GCUUUAGCUUAUAACAUUGUUUUCUUUCCAAUUAUUUUGAACUUAUUUCUUCACUCACGUUUUCCAAAAUAUUUGCUAACUCAAUCUGAUGUUGUCUACAAAAUCCGAAUUUCGCUCGGUUAGAACAACUCAAGAUUUUAGGGUGCAUUCAAACCUAGAUGAACCGGGACGAACCCUAACGAUUUCAUCCGAGUUCGCCAGAGCCACUGGAUCAAGACCAAAUACUGAGAGUUAGCCGUAAUGCGAGCGCUUGCAUCAGUGCCGGAGACUGCAUACCUUGAUUGCCGCCGCAGCAACAAACGGCGGAAACAACUUCACCGAGCUCUGUCCUUCAAUUUCGAUUUCUGUUGAGAAAUCUCUGGAAGGAAAGAUCGCCACGCCAGGGCUGGAUCAAGUCCGUGAGUACGAAUUAGAAUAUUGAGAUGAUUGAGGAGGAAAAUUAAUUGCGAGUUCUACAUUUCUUUUUCCACGGUGAUUUUGAAUGUUCUGUGAUGUUAAAAUCAUUAUUUAGGCAAAAUUCGUUGCAAGUUCUUCAUUCUUUUGGCCAUCUGAACUCUAUGAUCCGACAUUUGAGGAUCACCUUAAUCUCCAUAAACUCUGCUCUUUAUAUAACUCACCAUCUUCUUCAAACGUCUCUGUCUCCACUCACCAAUUUCUCAAACCACAAAGCUUUUUUGAUACAUCAUAAUGUCUGAUGAUGCUCAAGACAAAGUUGACCGUGACCGUAUUUUCAAGCGUUUUGAUACCAAUGGCGAUGGUAAGAUCUCUUCAACCGAGCUCGGGGAAUCAUUGAAAACACUUGGCUCUGUUACCAACGACGAAGUUCAUCGGAUGAUGGCUGAGAUCGAUACUGAUGGCGACGGGUUCAUUUCGUAUGAAGAAUUCACAAGUUUCGCUCUUGCCAACCGUGGAUUAGUCAAGGAUGUUGCAAAGAUUUUCUAGAUAAUGUUUUCAUACGCUUCUUUUUGUUCGUUUGAUUUCUUGUUCUGUUUAUGUUUCUUUCUUCUUUUUUUUCUUAAAAAUGUAUCUUUCUUGUCGUUCUUGAUUUGGAACAUUUUGCAUAGUGAAAUAUUGUUUUGGAUGUUAAGCUGCAACUUCUUUGAA